CAGACUCUUCAGAGAGAAUUAGCCGAUUCUAUCAUACGGUGCGCUCCUCUCGACGACAUACGAAUACUACUGGCCUGCGGGGCAAAAGUCAAUGAACCCGUCACUCAGGGGCUCAGACCAUUGCAUUACGCAACGUAUCAGAAGUAUUCCGAAGCCGUCAAUCUUCUUCUUGUUCGAGGCAGUGAUGUGGACGCCAUGGAUGAGGUCGGAUACACAGCUCUGCAUUUAUGCGCUGAGAGGGGGUAUUCAGAUCUGAUGAAAAUGCUUUUGGAUCGCAGCUGUCGAGUGAAGUUCACAGAACUACAGCCCGACGAUAAGGCUUUAGGCAACCCUCCAAGAGCUACAUUGGCUGACGAGCCGUUAAGAUUGGCCAUUAAGAAUGGCCACAAAGAGUGCGCUGAGAUACUGCUCCAGAACGGGGCCGACCCUAACGCCCGCUACUUCUUGGGAUCCGAGAUAAACCUGAUUUCGCCGCUAAACAUCACUUUCAUGGAAAUGCUCCUCAAGUUCGGCGCCUGUGCUGACGCCAGAGAUCGGUCCGGUUUGACACCAUUGAUGAAAGCUUGUCGACACCCGCAGGGAUACGCGGCCGCGAAGAUACUGCUCCACUACGGCGCCGAUCCAAACGCCAUGACCUCAGAGCGUCACGACCACAGAACUGUUCUCCAUUACGCCGUAUUGAGUGGUAAUAUAGAUAUCGUACGACUGCUUCUGCAUCACAGCGCGAAUGUCAGGUUUCCGCACGACUUUCAAAAGCCCACUCCUCUUGACUUCGCUAUAUUGAGGGGAAACGUGGAAAUGGUUAAACUGCUCAUCCAUUCGGGUGCAGACGUGAACGUCGGAUCUCCAAUCAUAGGACUGCCACUCCAUAUCGCUCUCUCGGAAAAAGUUGAGAACAAAGUGGAAAUCGUGAAAAUCCUUUUGGACGCCGACGCCGACCCCAACGCCAUUACCGUCGAUGAAAGGGGUCCUCUACUGAAACCCCCUUUAGGAGAGUAUUUCAACUCUUCUGAAGCACCAAAUUAGCUGAAGCGAGAGAUCGAUGUUUGGAAGAAAGCCUGUAAUUCUAUAUCCGGUUAUUCAAGAGACGAGAACUCCGUUCGCGGAGUACUUAAGCGUAAAGUUAUGGCACUCGAGAAUCUUCUCCACCAACAUCUAUACGACACCAAACCCUCAGAAGAUGACUAUUUGGCAAUUCUCGAAGAUCUUCAAAACAAAUACAAAAUCCGAAACAAACCUCUACUGAUAAAGUCUGGAAUAGUGAUGGCUUUAGUGAUUACCCUAUUCUUUAUGCAAAGUAUUCCCAAUUUGGAUCUCAGUCUCGGAUGGAUUGCGAUAUUAGGCGCUAUUUUGCUCCUUAUUUUGGCCGAUUUUGACGAAUUGGAAAGUGUUAUCUCACGAGUCGAGUGGUCGACACUUAUAUUCUUUGCGGCGCUGUUUGUAGUGAUGGAGGCGUUGGCGGAGUUGAAGUUCUUGUGGUGGAUCGGAAGGCUAACUCAGGAUCUAAUUAAUUCUGUCCACGAAGACAACCGUCUGAUUGUUGCCAUUUUAGUAUUCCUAUGGGUGUCGGCAUUGGCUUCAAGUCUCAUCGAUAACAUUCCCUUUACAACAGUUAUGGUGAAAAUAAUCGAGGAUUUGUCCGAAAACAACGAAUUCCACGUCCCGUUGACUCCACUCAUAUACGCCCUCGCAUUCGGCGCCUGUUUAGGCGGUCNGUCUCAUCGAUAA